AUGGAUAGUGAUAGUUCGAUUUCGAAUAGCGGGUGCAACUCUCCCUCUAGUAUUGAGGAAUCGGCCCAGCGUUUGAAAAAAAAAGUCAUAGAACUGUAUCAAGGCCCAUGGAAUCAGCUGAAUGCAAGGCUUGUGGGCCCGCAAAACUUGCGCAGGUACCUGCGAGCCCGUUCGUACGACAUUGACAAAGCGGCGGUUAUGUUGCACGAAUCUCUGGUAUGGAGAGAAGACGUUCGUCCGGAAUCUAUUUCUGCUCGAGAGAUCGAGGUUCAUCUUAAGAGGGGGGCUAAUUUCUUUCUAGGAUAUGACAAGCGAAAACGCCCCAUUAUGAUCAGCAAGGUUCAUCUCGACAUAGAUGAACAUUUAGAAUUGAAGACGAAGGUGGUUUUGUACCAAAUCGAAAGAUGUAUUCGGAUGAUGAGAAAAACGAAAGUGUCAAACUUGACAUGGCUUGUGGACCUCAAGCACUUCCCCGCCCAUCUCAUGUCUCCCUCGCAUACUCAGCUCGCGAUAUCGAUUGUGAAGCUCCUCAGCUCUCAUUACCCGGAAAGGCUCGGCACCAUGAUCGCCAUCAACGCCCCGGCCAUCUUCAACGUGUUUUGGAAAGUGAUUUCUCGCUUCGUUGACAGGAACACCGCACAGAAAAUAAUCAUUCUCAAAUCGAAAGACAUCUCGAGGUUAAGAAGUUUCAUCGACGACGAGGUGAUAGAGACAGAAUACGGUGGGCUGAACGACUAUGUGUACGAUCACGAAGAAAACAUGAAGACUCUGCUGGAAGAGGAGAAAGUUUGGAUGAAGAAGGUCACUAGAUACAGAAACGAGGCCGUGAGCGUGGACCAGUUGUUGGAAACCAGGAAUCCAGUAAAAAUGCGGCACAAAAAGAAGCAAUAA